AGAGGAGGGGAGAGAGAGAGGGAGAGAGAGAGAGUGACAGAGACAGGGGGAGAGAGAGAGGGAGAGAGAGAGAGUGACAGACAGAGGGGGAGAGAGGGAGAGAGGUGCGUGCAGACGCCGGUCCGCAGUGUGCUGAGCAGUCGGGGAGUUUCUCCUGUCAUCUGUCACCAGGUCCCGUGCCGAGUGAAGGGGCUUUCCCCGAAAAGCCAGGUAGGAGGCGAGGCGUGCCUGCCGCGUCCGCUGAAGCGCCGCCGCGCGUCUCCCCCGGGCGCUGACUCCGCGCUCUUAAAGACCGGCCGCGUCGCCGGCGCACGCUCAGACUCCCGCCAGGGGCGACGCCGCCUGCCAGCUCACGCGUGAUGUGCUAACCCGGCUCUCUGGUCCCCGAGCGAGCGAGCGAACGUUCCGACCCCUGCGCCGGGCUCCGGGGACGCCGCUGCCGCCGCCGCCGCCGUACGCGUGAGUCAGACGCGGAGAGGCGGGCGUGCCAGCGAGACGGUGACUCAGUCCCCCCCCGGACGGGGUCCUCGGGUCGCCCCAGGGGGGUAGUCCAGCCCGGCCCCCCCCCAACGCUCCAGUGAAAGGGAGCCGCCGGGUGGAAAGGAGGCGACAGAUCGAUUCGGAAACGACCGGAGAGCUCCGUCUGGCAGGAGCUGGCAGAGAGGAAACUUCACACGCUCGCAGAACGCCAACGCGCCCGACCGGCGCCUGACGGAUUCCGCUGACGCCCUGUGCGACCGGGACCGCCCGCGCCGGGCGACCAUGAGGCUGGGGUGCGCCGUUUUGGGCGCCCUGUGGGUGCUGGGCAGCGUGUGCCCGAGCUGGGGCAUGUCCACCUGCAAGCCCCUGGACCUGGAGCUGGUGAAGACGAAGAGGCUGGAGGCCAUCCGGGGCCAGAUCCUCAGCAAGCUGCGGCUGCCCAGGGAGCCCAAGCCCGAGGAGGACGAGGAGGAGGAGGAGGAGGCGGCGGCGAGCGGCCCUCGCCGCCGCGUCAUCCCCGACGCCGUCAUGUCCGUCUACAACAGCACCCUGGAGCUGAGCCGCGAGCAGGCCGAGCAGGCCAGCGCCCUGCCCUCGCUGGACGCCGACGAGGAGGAGUACUUCGCCAAGGAGGUGCACAAGUUCGACAUGAAGGACAAAAGCGAGAACAACACGGGGCAGCAGAUACUCUUCAACGUCAGCGAGAUGCGGGCCAGCCUGGGCGGCGCCCGGCUGCUCUCGUUGGCCGAGCUGCGGCUCCUCAUCAAGAGCUCCAGCAUGCCCCCCGGCACCGAGCAGAGGCUGGAGCUCUACCAGGGCCUGGGGGACCACGCCCGCUACCUGGGAUCACGCUUCGUCUCCAACGGCUGGAUCGACCGUUGGCUGUCGUUCGACGUCACGCAAACCGUGAAGGACUGGCUACAGGCUACUGAAGGAGAGCAGUGGUUCCAGCUGAAGCUGUACUGCGAAUGUGGCAAGGCCAUGGAGAAUUUCCAGUUCACCAUUUCAGGGAUGGGCAAGCAGAGAGGGGACAUCGGCAAGCUCGCCAAGAACAUGCAGAAGCCCCACAUCCUGAUGAUGUCACUUCCUGCGGACCGUGUCAGUCAUCUCACCUCGCGCAAGAAACGGGCUCCAGGCACCGACCAGACUGGCGCAGACAGGUCCGAGGGCUGCAACGUCCGCAGCCUGUACAUCGACUUCCGCAAGGACCUGGGCUGGAAGUGGAUCCACGAGCCCACGGGUUACCAUGCCAACUACUGCAUGGGCUCCUGCACCUACAUCUGGAACGCCGACAACAAGUACUCCCAGAUACUGGCUCUCUAUAAGCAUCACAACCCCGGGGCUUCUGCCCAGCCCUGCUGUGUUCCCCAGGUUCUGGACCCCCUCCCUAUCCUCUACUACGUGGGAAGGCAACACAAGGUGGAGCAGCUGUCCAACAUGAUCGUGAGGUCCUGCAAGUGCAGCUAAAGCCGCCGCUCCCCGCGAGCUCCGCCUGGCCAGCGCUCUCUCUCCCUCUCUCUCCCUCCCUCCCUCGCUCUCUCUCUCUCCCUCUCCUUCCUCCUGCGUUCGACGGAGGGAGGGAGGCAUGCCGCACGCCACGGAGCAGGGAGAGGAAAGGAAGGAAGGAUGGAGAGAUGUACAGAGAAGGACUGAGGAGAACAGAGACGAGCGGACGGAGCACCAGGAAGAAAAGAACAAUCGGGGGCGAUCUGCGGAAUUUUUAAUUUCCGUCCUUUCAACAGAGGAACUGAUGGGACAGUACAAAGAACUCGAUUUUUAAGCUUUUAUAUGAAAUAUUUAAUUGUUUUAUUAUUAUAUAUUUUUUUUUUAGCAGUUGUCUGUUUAUAGAUUCAAAUUAAUUUAUUUUGUUAAAAGCGAUUUGCUGUUUUGGGGAACUGAAACUCGGUGGGAGAGAAAUUGACCUUUGUGGUUUUUAAGGGAGUGAGCACUUGCCACGGUAGUUUUUGUAAACCGUAGUCAAUAGGAAUUAAAAUACACUGAACUGGCAUGACGAGGACUGUGUCAAAAAAUGGCUGAAAUUGCUAAAAAGUUCUAAUUGCCCCUCCUUACUACCUUACAAUUAGGCCUUUACAUUUAGGCAGAAUAAAAGUGUAGGAAAAUGAUGCUGUGUUCUCUAAGGAGCAGAGCACUAACGCAGCACACGCACACACAGCCAGUCUCCGUGGAAAAGGCACGACACGAGAGGAGCUUAAUCUCGUUGCGCUCCUAGAAAUCUCAGUUUAGCCGAAAACCUUUUGAAAGGACAGCGAACCUCGCAUCUCAGAAUGUCGGUGUGUGCUGAUCGGCGACGGGUCAGUUCCUCCUUUGGGCCUAACGGGUCGCGCCUCACACGGAAGUGAGCGCGCUAGCCCAAAAAACCGAAGGUGCGCUUAGAGGCAUUGCCCUGCUAGCACACGGUAAAGUAAGGCAGGCGAACGAACAGCUGGCGCCGGCCAUGCCGACGAUGCUUUCCUGGCGGGAGAGACCUGACUGGCUGUCGUUACGGGCGCUGGACGCAACCCCACCUCCGAGAUGGCGUAGACCGCAGACCACGUCUCCCCGUCCAAUCCUGGCCGGGCAUCGCUGGACCGACCCCACCACCACAGGCCCAGGAGAACGGACUGUACUCUACACUCAACAUCACCAAAGGACCCCCACUCCCCUGCACCCACCUCGCCCCCCCACCCCCGUCACAGCUCGACUGCCUGUCACGGGUGUAGGAGACGCCAUCCCAGGAUGUUCUGGGUUGUGAGCUCUCAAUAAUUUCAUGGUUUUUAAAAUUGAUUUCAUUCUUUUUGUUUGGUGUACUAUAGUAAUUAUGUCUCUGUAAUGUCUUCCUCGCUUGUUCCAAGUUUUAUUGAGUGUCAUGUAUUGAUAGGGGUAUUGAAUAACAUCAAUAAUAGUAUUGCGAGUGCUAGAAUGUUAAUUGUCGGGUUGGUUUGAGAGCUGAGCGGUGUACUUGUGGUGGCAGUGUAGGGGAGGGGUGGGUAACUUUAUUCAUUGUGUUUUUCUGUCACUAUUUUAAACAGAUCCACAUUUUAUUUCACAGUCUUUACACCUUUACAUUGGUCUUUACAACAUGCUGCAGGGUUAAAUUAUAGAUACGUUCGUUAAAAAACGUUCAGCGUCCUUUUUCCUGGUUACUGGAGCUGGCACACACCUUGUAUUUAAAGGCUGGAGGUGGCACACACCUUGUGUUAUUAAAUUGUUUCCAGGUGCUAAUCUUGGGGAAAAACCCAUGACACAUCCAUCAGAUUCACUCUGAAAAUUUAAUUAUUAUUGGCUGGACCGCAACAGCGGGGCCAGCCCUACAAACGCAAAUGUCUGUGACUGAGUGACUGAGUGAGUGAUGAAGUUACACCAUUGGUUGGCCGAGUUAUUAAGUUACACCAUUGGUCGGCUGGUUGAAGUGCAUUAGGUCCAGCCACAUACUAGGUUUUGACCUGGUCUUGUUUUCUUUGCACUGGCUAUCUCUGUCUCCUUAUUUACAGCAUCGCCUGCCAGCUACAGUGACCUUACAAGCUAGAAAUAUCUUUAGAGUACCGUGCCUUUACUGAACACGUUUUCGUGAAUGAAACAAAAAUAAACGGUUUCCUCUUG